UAUUGGUGGUAUCUCUAGUCUCCCGAUGAGGAACGGAGUACGAAGCAGUAGUACGAGACAAGCAGUACAAAGCGCCGACGUCGAGGCACUGUCGAGGCACGCACAAAAGCGCACCAUCAGUUCACCGUUAGUGAAUUUUCGAACUUCGCACUUUGAUCCGUAUAUAUCACACUUAGCACAUGCACAGCUUUCUUCCGCACGCACGCUUUCUCUUGCCUGGGAUGUCUAAUUAAGGCAGAGAAACCAAACAUUCAUGUUUUCUAUAAGGCAUACAGUCUAGUACUAUUUACUUAUUACAAUGGGAGUUCUCACCUUUGUGAAGGUCUUGCUUUGUGAAUGUUUUUUUUUGGCGAUACAGCUUUUGUUUGCCAUCACAUUUUUUACAUCUGGCUUGAUAAUAAAUUUCUUCCAAUGCAUUUUAUACCUUGGACUGAGGCCCUUUUCUAAGUACUUCUACCGCAAGAUCAACUAUUAUCUCUGUUAUUCCUUUUACUGUCAAUUAGUAUUUAUGGCAGAAUGGUGGGCAGGAUCAGACUUGAUGUUAUACAUAGAUAAAGAGGACUUCGAUAAAUAUUUUGGUAAUGAACACGGCUACCUUCUGAUGAAUCAUAGUUACGAUACCGAUUGGUUGAUAGGUUGGCUGCUAUGUGAUCGCCAGAGAUUGCUAGGUAACUGUAAAGCUUAUGCUAAGAAGUCGAUACAAUAUCUUCCUACGUUGGGGUGGGCAUGGAAAUUCGCUGAAAGUAUCUUUCUUGAGAGGAGUUGGGAGAAAGAUAAAGAGAAUAUCAAAAAUCAAAUCAAAGAACUUGUCGAGUAUCCUGAUACAAUAUGGUUGCUGCUCUAUCCCGAGGGUACGCGCUUUACGCCCGAAAAGCUAGAAGCUGGUCAGAAGUUUGCCAUAAAAAAUAGUCUGCCAGUAUUAAAAUAUCAUUUAACGCCACGCACAAAGGGCUUUACCGCUAGCAUUCCACAUAUGAGAGGCAAAGCAAUGGCCAUUUAUGAUAUUCAGAUAGCAUUCAAGUCAUCUGAUCCCGUGAAACCGACUGUGAGGAAUCUUCUUUUGGGAAAACGACUAGAAGGACAUAUGUAUGCUAAAAGAAUUCCAAUCGAGGAGGUACCGGAAGAAGACGAAGCCGCUGCUAAAUGGCUGCAUACACUUUAUCAGCAAAAGGACCGUAUGAUGGAGAGCUUCUAUAAGACCGGUGAUUUUUUUGCUACGAGUGGAGUACCUAGGAUAGAGUCGUUCAAGCUAAAGAGAAGAUACUAUUCUCUCAUUAACACCAUAUUCUGGGCGAUAGUUGUUCUUGUACCAACACUAUAUUACCUCCUAAGGCUCCUGCUAUCUGGUUCGAUCAUUGGCAUUACUGUCGUGGUCGGGAUUAUCUUUGCAUUUUAUGUGCUAAUGUACAAAACUCUCGGAAUGUCGGAAAUAAGCAAGAGUUCAUCGUAUGGAACGGAGGAUACCAAAAAGGACAAAUAAUUUCAAAGCAUUACUUUAUGAGAGAUGACUCCCGUAAAAAAAAUAGAAGUGACAAAUCAAGGAUUGAAAUAGAUUUUGGGUAAGAACAGUGACAAGAAAGAAGAUAGCGGAAAAGAAUGCAGCAGAUACGUAUACAUUUGAUUUAUACUUUUGUGUAAUCCAUUCAGUGCGCGUAAGCGCACCUUCCAACACACAAAUGCGUUUUCUGUAUGGAUAUUAAAUAUGUAACACAUAAACUUACACAUACUUAAUAUACAGAAUAUUCCGAAAUUUACGAAUAAAAAUACAACAGUAAGAAAGUUUUUCAAAAAUUAAGUAAACAAGUUAUUUUUGCAAAUUUUUAUUUUUCGUACUAGGGCGCGUAAAAUGAUAGUUUUAUUCCCGCAUUUGCGGGAGUAAAAUGCGAUUUUACACCCCGGAGAAUUGUAAAUAAAUAACACCCAAUUACUCCCCAAUCAGCAAAACAAUCCAUGAACCUCAUUCCCCACCUUCACAGCUCCCUAGUACGAAAAAUGUUGUUUGCGACUCGGGAGUAAGGUUUUCACACCCGCGUGUGUUCGACCGUACACUCGGGCUGGCUUCGCCAGCCCUCGUGCCGUCGAA